AUGUCCUGCAUGCCUGUCGUGAAUAGAUCAAUCCUUGCAGAAGCAUGUGCCACAAUAGUAGCGACUUACGCCAAUGAAUGUACACAGUACGAAUGGAAUGGGGCUACACUGAAAUGUGCGGAGAACGAGAGGAUGAAGCUUGCACGGAUUAUACUACGUGCACCAACUGGAACUGCGAGGGAAGCCUCUUUGUUGGACAUAGGCUGAAUUACCCUAAUUAACCAUAUGAGAAUGCAGCUUCUAAGAUUCAGAAGGAGAGUCUACACUAUGAAUGAUCAGCUCGCGGCACUGAUGAGGAAUAUAAAUGCAGAAGAGCUCCUACCGUGGGAAAAAAGAUGCAGGAGAACUAUGGAGCUACUUGACUUAGAGGAAUUCCAAGAAGCGGCAAGACUUGACACGAUCGAAAAGAAAAAAUGGGUUGCAAAAAUCGCUGAAGCCACAAGGAAGUUGAACCUGAAGGAGUCAGUGCUUAGAAUGGAGAAUGAAACGAAAAAGACAACAAGAUUGUAUCGACAUCUCCUGGAAGGACUAGACAGCACAUGAAGACCAACAUUCAUCACAGUGAAUCAACAUAAUGGUUGUGCAAUAGGAGCCAUACAUAGACUGAGAGCAGGCUUUAACUACUGUAACGCCAAUGCAAAGCUACGUCAUCUGACGCAUAAUGAGGCAUGCGAUACAUGUGGAACUUUGAAUCGGAAGAGCAUGUACUCGUAG